AUGCAAGAUAUUUGUAAACCAGAUCCAUGUUGUUGUCCACCAAUACUCGUUCCAACAUGUCCACCACCACUUUGUUCAUCAUCGACAAAAAUCAAGGAUACUUGUUCAACGAAAUAUUACGAACAAAUUGGUGCAGAGAUGAUUGGUAAUCGUUUGAUCAUACGAAUGGAAAAAGAUAAAUCAAAAUCUAAAAAGAAAUUGGAUCAAUGGGAACCACCAUGUGAUUGCGAUGUCGUAGAAAUUCAAAGACCAACGAGUAAAACGGGUCCUAAAAUUUUAAAGGGUUCCAAUAAUAAUCGUAUUUUAUUUCGGGUACAAUCUAAGGGUCAUAUGGGUACCAAGGAAGAUCCUCAUUAUAAACCUCAAGCUGUUUCUUAUGAGAUAGGUGGUUGUAAGGGUGGUCAAUAUACAAAUGACGAUUGUCGUACUAUUACGUUUUAUCCAAUACUCGGUGCACCUGGAUCUCAAGAAGUACACACAGAUCAAAUAACAGAUGGCAAUGAAAAUGUUUGUUUGUUAAGAAUUAAAAAGAAACCAGAUACAACGGAGAAAGUUAAAAGAAACGUUGAAUUGGAACUUAGAACACCUAGACCACCAACACAACCCUUAACUCCACCAGCAUCUUCUUUUCAUUCUCAUUUAGAUGAGAAUCAAAAAUGA